AGGCUAAAUCAAUUGGUACCAGAAGAGCCAAGAAGCCACACAGGCAGCUGCCUCUGCUUUGACUCUCCCAACCUCUCCUUUUUCUGCUUCCCCAUCAGUGUUAUUCCAGAAGACAUCCACUUCUCUCCAACCUUCCUCAAGCAUCUCCAAGCUACUGACUAUAUACAUUUUACCACAAGCCCUGGGAGUGGGGAAGCGUGAGGUUUCAACACUUCGACUUAGAAAGAUCAUCAACGAAAUUUCCGAAAUGUUUAAGAACAAUUAAAAAGCACGGGCGUUUUCAAUCCAUCAACUAAGUGAACAACCAUAUCUUCCCCCCCCAAGACACCGCCGCUCGUUGUGGCGGUCGGCGAGAUGACAGCUGCUUUUUCAUCUGCGAAUGUAAUAAAUAUUGGCUGCUUUUAAUAUUUGCCAGGAUCUCUCCUCCUUGUUUCCUGGAAUUUUAACUCUAAAAGAUUGGCGAAAAAUUAUCGACAGGGCUCUUGCAAGGUAAGACAUCUUCAUGUGUCUUUUUCUUUAAAUUAAGUUGCCUCAUAUUGUGUUUUAUAGAUGCAUUCCCCAUACAUGGUCAUAGACAUAAAUGCCCAUGAGAAAUACCAUUUAUGACUUUUUAAAUAUCUGGAGGAUUUAAACGCGUGGGGGACAACCCAGGAACUUUUUGUCCGAUCUGUAACUAUGUCGUGGUUUGUUGUGAUUUUUCUCCCUGUGUAUUUCUACCUCUUCACGCCAACUGCUUAGAUAUGAGUUGUUUUACUUAUAAACGUAGAGGAAAGCCCUUAAGGGAAUCGCAUGUGGUUCGUUUGGAUCAUUUGUUGUUAUUCUGUAGAUCCGUUUUUCCUGCACGGAAAGCUGUUUCCCAGCUCAGUUCUCUCCUGGGCAAAUUCGCGGCCGGGAGCCGAACCUACAUUCCCUGGCUUUUGUUUCUCUGGAGCGAGCCUCUUACAGGACGGGUUCGGAGCCUUGCCUGCAAGGGGCACGGCGGGGCACAGGGGUCGCAGCCCGGUCGUCCUUCCUGGUGGCCAAGGCCCAAAAGCUCAGCUCGAGCAGGUUUCUGUCCCCACCCGCCCGCCCGGAUCCCCCACAAGCCCAAGGUUCCCGAAGACGCGCAGCCGGGGCCCUUCCUCCAGGCGCCCGCAAGCAGCCUGCCCGAGGUGGCUUUUCCAGGAGACCAUCGUCUGGGGAAAGCUGGGCAAAGACUCGGGGCCGCGGCCAGGCCUCCCAGGGCGGCCGGUGAGCUGCGGGGUUCCGGUCCCCUGAGCUCACGAACUUCACCCGCAGAGAUACAGCUUGCGCCCGGGGCGUCCCUCACCCGCGCCUCGGAGCCCAUCCCUCUCUUGCCCUCCCCAGUCCCUUCGCCCGCAGCGACCCGGCCGCCUGAGUUUUCCCGGGAGGUGGUCGGCAGACUGCCGGGUAUUGUGUGAUCCACGUCCCUAGGUCCCCAAUGUGUGUGGCAGUCUGCGUGACAGAUGGUGCUCCGGGAGAGUAUGAGGGCCGAGGAGUCAAUUUCUUUUGAAAGGACCGAACACAUGUGUUCGGUCAUUUCAUUAUUAUUUCGGAGAAACGAGGGAGAGGACGGCACGAAAGCCUUUCUAUCUCCGGCCUAGGUUCCAGGAUGGGGCCCGCCCGCACCCCAGCGCAGCCUAGACCCUCAGGCGCUGGGUGUCUCCAGCUGCCUUGCCCUAGGCCCUCUGAUGGGAUGCAUACUCUGCAUCUCCAUUAAAACUCAGAUGCAUCCAUCCUUCGGGCAUCCGUCCUUCGGGAUCUUUCGUGUGUCUGGGAAGGGGGCAGAGCAAGGGAGGCAGGAUAGAGCAGCUGAUGUCUGGCCAGAGAGGACACAAGAUGUCAGCCGGCCUCGGAGGUCCAUGGUUGUUCUCCAGCGCCAGGGCCACUGGCCACUCCACCUGCAGGUUUCGGUGUGGGGUUCAGAAUGCCCUCUGGUGCCGGCUCCUCGCCUCCCCACUUGCGUGGGCUUGAUAGAGGAGAGGGCCUGUGUCCCCGGGUUCUCUCCUAGGAGUCCAGGCUUACUAGGCCCUCGCCCGCCACUCGUCCUUGCAAACCAAGAACCAGAUUCCUUUUAUUAACUGACUUUCUGACUCCCCAUCAGCCUCCAAAAUGAUGCUGAGUCCGGAUCAAGCCGCAGACUCAGAUCAUCCCAGCUCGACGCACUCGGACCCGGAGUCUCUGGGCGGCGCAGACACCAAGGUGCUGGGCAGCGUGUCGGAUCUGGAGCCGGUAGAGGAGGCGGACGGCGACGGCAAGGGCGGCAGCCGGGCCGCGCUCUACCCGCACCCGCAGCAGCUGAGCCGCGAGGAGAAGCGCCGCCGCCGGCGCGCCACGGCCAAGUACCGCUCGGCCCACGCCACCCGCGAGCGCAUCCGAGUCGAGGCCUUCAACCUGGCCUUCGCCGAGCUCCGCAAACUGCUACCCACGCUGCCCCCGGACAAGAAGCUCUCCAAGAUCGAGAUCCUGCGCUUGGCUAUCUGCUACAUUUCCUAUCUCAACCACGUCUUGGACGUGUAGGGAGGGGGACGCCGCGGGAGGCCGCCGGUCCGGGCGACUGCCAAAGGCUACACACCCGGACUGCCAGGCUAGAGGUUUGCCCAGAGACACCUGAACACAGGAGAAAGCUUUGCAGCCUGUUCUUUCUGGUCAUCAAGGCAACAGGGGAAGAUUUCCGAGCCUAGGGGGUGGCGUUGGGUAGAAAGACCUGAGGCUUGCAAGGGUAUUUUCCUGGCCAGAAAAACCUUCUGGAGGCACCUAGAAUGAGUUGCCCUGAGGCCUCCCUCGGUGUGUUAGGAUCCCCCGAGAGGGGUGGUUGCUUUAACUCACUGGAGGCUUUCAGUUACCCUGUAUUUAUUUCCUAUACACCCUCACGCUCUGAAAGAAUAAGGGCAGCUUAGUCCAGGCUGAUGGCUUCAGACUAUGACUAUCUGGGAUUUUUCUAACUGACAAAUCACCAAACCUUGGGGAGAAAAAAAAGGUGGAAAUCUUUUGCAUACAGAGUUUAAAACACAGAAAGGUGUACCAGCAAACUUUUUGUUGCCAUGUCAAAUGAAAACUUACAUUCUAAUAUAAAUAAAACCCAGAAUAUUUGGUGAGGUUAAAAAAAUACAUUCAGAACAGACAGGCACACACUGUGGGAGGAUUUGAGCUUGGUGAGACUUUAACCCCCAGAUAGGACAUUAAAGUAGAUAGAAAAAUCCAUAUUUAAAUGGAAAAUUUAACAUCUGAUUGCUUUUUUGGGCAAAGUGCCCCUUUAAAUAUCCAAAAACACCCUGUCUAUUUGUGACCUUAACAUGUGGACUCAUAGAUGCAGUUAGAAAAAGACAACCUAUUUUUAUUUAUGUUAGAAGGAGUAGAGUAUUUUUUUCAAGACAUUUAUUUUUCAGAGUGGUGAUAAUUUUACUUUGGAUACUCUGUGCCAAUUUAUUUAUAGUCGAGUGUUUACACUUUUUCCCGUGAAAUAAUUGUGUCUAACUCUUUAUGUGUUUGUUGAAAUUAUCUUGUGAUCUUGCCUCUUUUUUUUCUGAUUAUAUUGCACUUGUAUAAGAGAGUCCCCGCUUUCCUGUUUCUAAGCAUAUUUUAUAUAUUAAGAAGUUGGUUCUUUGGUUGUGAGAUCAGCAACACUAGCCCUUCACUAUUAUAGUUUUAUAAAAAGUUAAGUGUUGUUAUUCUUACCCGUAGUUUUGUCUGACAAGUACUUUACCAACUGUUUUUAAGGAGAGUAGCUUCUUUGUGUGUGUGUGUGCGUGACAUUUGUGUGUGGGAUAUUUUAGGAAAUUACAUUAUUUUCCUAAAAAAGAAAAGAAAAAAGAAUUCAGAACUACUUUCCUCUGUGACAACCAAAAAGAAAAGUCUAUGACUUAGAAAUGUUUCAUGUCCUCAGCUGUGAAACUCUUAAAGUAAGAGGUGUAUUUUAGAGACAAGGAAGAAAGAAGAAGAAGAAAAACCACAUCUGCUAUCCAAAGAUUUUAGUCUUUUUCAGGGUUUUUUUGUGUCUCUGUUGCUUUAUAUAAUGCAAUAUUUUGUAGUGAAAAUAGAUAUAACCUGGUUUCUACCUGACGAGUUUUUCAUAUCUCAUGACUGGUGCGCUGUUUUGCAUAUAAAUAAAGGUAUCAGAUCAAAGUUCUCAUCUUUAUUUUAAGCUUCUGUCUAGAAACCAAACAUCCUGGCCAGGCGUGAAAUGUCAUAAUGGAAGGAAUUAGUAAAGUAAAAGAAGAACAAGAACAAAGCAAUACACACACACACACACACACACACACACACACACACAAUACGGAUACAGCAUAACCUGGGAUGGUAUAGAUCAUGUCUCAGUCAUGAGGAAAAGCAGGAUGAUGUGUCUAUAAAAACACUAUAGGGUCAUAAGAUGCCUUUUUGUUCUAAAAGGAAACUGUCUAACCCAAGCUCUUGGGAAAACUCAGGGCCAAGAAGAUGUCUGCAUCAAGUGGCAGGGAAGAGCAGGGGGUGGCCCCUACACCCAUGAACCCAGCACCUGAGAGUUGGAGAUGGGAGAACCAAGAGCUCAAGGUCAUCCUCAGCUAUGCAGGGAAAUUGAGGCCAGCCUGGGCUAUGUGAGACCCUGUCCAAAAGAAAAAGUUAAUGAGCAGACCUUUUGACAGCUUUCCCUCUGGGUACUUAAGCACAAGGCACGUGUCACUGAAACAUCUAACCGGUACCCACGCUCAGCACAAGACACACUUGCAAAGAGAAAUGGCCUUAAAACAGACUUUAACAGGGAAACUCCUCUGCACAAACCUGGGUCUGGCAUAAAACAUGAACUACUGUAUAAGCAGAACCCAUGAGUAACUCAUAACCACAUUCCUGUAUGUACAUGCGUAUCUAGACUACUGUGAACUAUAUCGCACCAAAUCUCCAGUUUCCAUCUUAAAAAUAGAUUGUCAGUUUAUGU